AUGGUGACGGUUACUAUGACGAUAACGAUGAUGGUAAUGGUAACAAUAAGAAUCACGGUGACGAUAACAGUGUCGAUGUCGGUGAUGGUAACAACAAUGGUGAGGGUAACGGUCACAGUGACAGUAAUGGCGAUUAUAGUGAUGGUCACGGUGAUGAUAACGGUAUCAAUAACGGUGACGGUGAGGAUGAUUGUAAUGGUAAUAGUGAUGGUAACGCUCACUAUAUCGGUAAUAGUCAUAGUAAUGAUGAUAAUGACUGUAACGGUAUCAGUGACGGUAAUGGUGACUAUAACGGUAAUGGUGACGGUGACGAUAUUAGUUAUGGUGAUAGUAACGGUAACAAUGAUGGUAAUAGUAACAAUGACGGUGAUGGUAAAGUUGACGGUGACGGUAACUAUGACGGUUACGAUAAUGGUCACGGUUAAGAGUAACGGUGACUGUUAUAAUAACAGAAACAAUAACGAUAACAAUAACGAUGAUGGUAAAAGAGACGAUAAUGGUAACAGUGACUGUAACGGUGACGGUAAUGGAAACGGUUAUGAUAACAAUUACGGUGGUGAUGACGGUAACGAUCACGAAAAUUGUGAAGAUAACGGUGUCGUAGAUGGUAACAGUAGUGGCAACGGUAACGAUAAUAAUAACGGUGAUGGUAUUGAUAAUAGUGACAGUAACGGUAACGGUGAUGGUAACGGUAACGAUGACGGUAACGCUGACGAUAACUUUAACAGUAAUGGUGAUGGAAACGGUAACGGUAACGGUAAUGGUAAUACUGACGAUAACGAUCACGAUUACGAUAACAGUAACAAUAAUAGUGACGGUAAUGGCAACAAUGAUGGUAAUAGUGAUGUUGACUAUAACAUUGAUGAUAAUGAUGACAGUAACAGUAACAAUGACGAUAAUGGUAAGGGUGACGAUAUUAUCAUGAUGACGGUAACGGUCACGGUCACGGUAAUGGUAACAGUGACGGUAAUAAUGACAGUAAUAUAUCGAUAA